UUGUUUUCACUGAGUCUAUGGCUAGGUUCGUAUUAACUUUUUGAUAUAAAUAUUGGACGACGCCUAUGAAACAGUAUCAUUGAUCACAGUGACUUCGGUAGGAACAUACUCAAGUAUCAACACAAUGGCUUUUAAGUUCGUCGUCUUCCUGGCUUCGUUGGCCGUUGCCAGCGCUGGAUAUCUGGAAGCCCCAGUGUCGUACGCCGCCCCCGUGGCUCACUACUCACCAGCAUCGGCUGUGAGCUAUAGCAGCAUCUCCCAGGCUGCUCCAUUGGCAAAGACAGUGUCGUAUGCUGCUCCAGCCUAUGCUAGCUACGCCCAUGCUGCCCCAGCCUAUACUAGCUACGCUCAUGCUGCCCCAGCCAUUGCUACCUAUGCUGCUCCAUCUUAUGGUCACUACUCUGCCCCAGCCAUCGGAGCCACCCACGAGAGCACUGUCCGUUCUCACGAUGCCACCGUUUCCCACUACUCUAAGGCUGUCGACACCCCAUACUCCAGCGUUCGCAAAUCUGACACCCGCAUCACCAACGAAGCACCUAAACUGGCCUACGCUGCUACCUAUGCCGCUGCUCCAGCAUACACUGCCUAUUCACAUGCUCCAGCUGUCGCCACCUACUCCCAUGCCCCAGCUGUCGCCACCUACGCCCAGGCCCCAAUUGUCGCCAAGCAGGUCAGCUACGCCGCCCCAGCUGUUGCUACCUACGCUCAUGCCGCCCCAGUCGUCACCAAGCAACUGAGCUAUGCUGCUCCAGUCGUUGCUAAGCAAGUGAGCUAUGCCGCCCCAGCUGUUGCCACCUACGCACAUGCCGCCCCAGCUGUUGCCACCUACGCUCAUGCCGCCCCAGCUGUUGCCACCUAUGCCCACUCUGCCCCAGUCGUAGCUGCCCAUGCCACCAAGACUCUGACCUACUCACCCGCCGUUCAAGUUGCCCAUGUGUCCUACGAAGGAAGCCAUGCUCAUUAUGGCUGGUAAAUCGCUGAUCACUGAUCCAAUGAUCCAAAAAUCCAUCCUCACUCUUACCCGAGAUAACCUAUUUAUUAGACUGUUGUGUUUUUACCCGAGCUAAAACUUCCGAAAAAUUCGUAUUUAUGUAUUACUUCCCAAACGUGGGAAGCGAUUGCCGUCAUUGGUACGAAUUUUUUGUAAAAGAACCAAUAAACUAGACAGAACAAAA